GUUGUACCUACCAGCGAAUGUAUAAGGAUGCACUGCGCGUCUGCACGGCGCUCGUUUCAACACAGCUUAAAUCAACUGAUGAAUGAAUGAAGGAAUGAAUGAAGGAAUGAAUGAAGGAAUGAAUGAAUGAAUGAAGGAAUGAAGUCAGUAAUUCAUUUAUAGAUCUAAAAGGUUGAGCUCCCCCCAUGCUUUGGAAACAGGCUCUACAAAAACUGCCCAAUGACUGCCUGGAUUGUCUUGCCAGUCAGCCUGUCAGCAUUCUCCAUCACAGGGAUUUGGAUAGUGUAUGCCAUGGCAGUGAUGAACCACCAUGUCUGUCCAGUAGAAAACUGGAUGUACAAUGUAACAUGUAGUGAGGAGACAGCAAAGAGAGGCUUCCCUAAAAGCUGCUGCACUCCACAGGACAUUCCACUUAUCAGCAAAUGUGGCUGCUACCCACCUGAGAGCUGUCUCUUUAGUCUCAUAGGCAAUGUUGGAGCCUUUAUGGUGGUGAUGGUAUGUAUGUUACGUUAUGCUCAGGUGAUUGAGCACAGCCAGCAGUCCUGGGUCAACACAACUGCUCUGAUUUCUGGCUGCAUUAAUGCCCUGGGACUUGUCAUGGUGGGCAACUUCCAGGUUGACCAUGCAAAAACUCUGCAUUAUGUGGGGGCUGGUGUUGCAUUUCCUGCUGGCCUGCUCUUUUUAUGUUUCCAGUGUGUGCUUACGUACCGGAUUGCUGAGACAGCUCUUGACUACUGGAUGGCUCACAUACGAGUGGCUCUGUCAGCUGGAGCAUUGACCUCUCUCGUUCUCAGUGCCAUUUUCUUCAUCCAUGAAAGUUUUGUGUUGCAACAUGCUGCGGCCAUUUGUGAAUGGAUCUUCACUGUUCUUGUCCUGAUCUAUUAUGGAACUUUUACCUAUGAGUUUGGCACAGUCAGCAGUGAAACUAUGAUGGCUGUCCUUAUUCAGUAUAGGCCACACAACAGCUCAGGCUCAGAAGCCAUUGUAGGGGACAUUAGGAAAGGGGUUGUUAUGGGUUGUGGUGGCCAAUGCCUAAAGUCAUCUGGAGGAAGCAGCACCUCUGCACACCUCAACUGCACCCCGGAAAGUGUUGUCAUGUUAUAGUGAAUUCACUCAUUUGUAAAAUGUUAAGCUAGUGUUAUAAAAAAUGUUCUACAACUGAAAAGAAUCUUAUAUACAGAUGAUGUAAAUACUAACUGAAACACUGCAUGAAUAGCCUGACUUUAAAAUGACUAACAAAUUCAGCUGUACAGUACAGGUGAAUUAAAAUAGGUUGAUGCCAGGUAACAAGCAAGUUCCAAGGAGGUCAAAUAGUGGGUUUUUGGUGGGUGCAAUAUUCAGUUUUGAAAUACAAUUUAAUAGAAGACAGUCUGAUAAAAUCAUAUGUUUAAUGUAUAAAACAGAGACGUAUAGCAAUAACUGGUUAGUAUUAGUCUCUUUUUUAAUGAGGGUUGUCUUAGUGACAUAGUAAAGCAAUUAUCUUUGGUUCACAGAACUUUUUUUGCUUACAUAAAU